GGGCGCACCUUGUCUGUUUUUAGGCGGGAAUUGGAAACCCCACCGGUGCGGACAAGACCCUGACAGGCGCAAGUUCACACUCUUGAAGGGGACCAUGGUGCGGCCUGCAAGAAAUAAGAAACCAGUCAAUUACUCACAGUUUGAAGAUUCGGAUAGUGAUGAUGAUUUUAUUCCUGCAACUGUACCUUUAAACAAGAAAUCUAGAACAACACCAAAAGAGUUAAAACAAGACAAACCAAAACCUGCUUUGAAGACUGUCCAGAAAGAAGAUAUCCUACUACAAGAGAAAACCCCUAAAAAAAGGGUGGCCUUAGAUGACAAGAUCUUCCAGAGAGGCAUAGAAGCUGCUCUAGCUUUAUCAGUGAAAGAACAUCUACCAGUCACCAGUGAUGUGCAGAAGUCUCAGGAUAAAAGCAUCAAAAAACAUGAUAGGAGUAAAACAGAAACAAUGAAUAAGUCUCUACAUAUCUCCAAUUGCAGUGUAGCUGGUGACUAUUUAGAUUUGGACCGGAUCACAGAGGAAAGUGAUACCUGUGUUAGAGGGAAAAGGAAAACACCUGAGGCUGCAGUGAGGAAGAGGAAGAUGCUUUCAUCAGGCAGUGAUGGCAGCAGUGCCAGUGACACGGAGCCAGACGAGACAGCUGGUGAAGAUUCUGAAAAUGAUACCGAUUGUAGUGAGAGUGAAGAUAAUGAGGAAGAAUUUACUAUGAGAAAAAGUAAAGUAAAAGAAAAUAAAAAGAAAGAAGUGAAGGUAAAAUCCCCAGUAGAAAAGAAAGAGAAGAAAUCUAAUUCCAAAUUGACUGCAAUAGACUCUUCUCCAGCUACAAUCAAAUCAGAAUCUCAGUCUUCACCAAGGGAGAUUUCUUGUUCAAAGGCUGCUAGGAAAGCCAUACAGAUACAGAGUCCUUCAGCUGAAAGCAGGAGGCCAAAGUGGGUCCCACCAGCGUCUGUAAGUAGCGGCAGCGGCAGCAGCCCACUGGCAGUUGUGACUGUGAAGUCCCCAAAUCAGAAUCUCCGCCUUGGCUUAUCC